AAACUCCCAAAAAAAAACAAAAAAAGAAAAAAUGUCAUCAGCUCAAGUAGAUCGUCCCACGAAAGUGGGUCAGGUUAACAAAAAAGAAAAUGAAAAAUCACGAAAGCUCUUCACACAAUCCCACAAGAAGCAUAAGCAUGAGGACCUUCGUCAUUUCAAAUUCGGUCGUAAACGUCUGCAAAGUUUCACCGGCAAUGGUAAAUUCUUUCCUCCUUACAAGAGACGAAAGAAAGAAGGUGCUAUCAUACCCCCCACUAAGUUCUUGCUCGGUGGUAACAUAUGUGAUCCCCUCAACCUAAACAGUAUGCAAGACGAGGAGAUAAAUCGAGCAAUGAAUGCUGUAACACCCAAGUCAAGUCCCUUGCCAACGCCAAAGCACCGAAAGGAGGCAAUUGAAGUUAUUAUACCCCCGAACAUCUGUGACCCUCUGAACUUGACAAACUGCAAUGACAACGAUAACGAGGAAUACGAGAAGCAGUUGAUAUCGCCAACGAAAAAAGGUUCAAAGAGGCGAAACCGAAAGCGAAAAAGGGCAUCAUCAGGCUCCGGUAAAGAGGAUACAAAUGAGAGUUUAACCGAGUCAAAAGUUGAAGAGCCAGUAGCCCUAGUGGCACCUGCAGUUGUCCUGCCAGAUGACAAGACAAAUCAUCCCGAGAUCGAGGUACCAAGUGUUGAGCCAUCGAGUCCCACACCAGCUCCACCACCUCCAAAAGAACCGAAAGUCGAAAGUCCAGUUAAGGACAAGAAUAAAUUACGACUCAAGGGUCUCGACGAGGCCAAGGAUAAACGACUGCGAAAGGUAGACGUUAAAGAUAAAAUAGUGAGUCCUGUGAUUCCACAACCUGGUGCUUGGAAACCGAGACUUCCUCACAGACCAAAUCAGGAUAAGAAGAAGAAACAGCCACUUCAAUUGCCCAAUUUCAGGGAGAAGGACGCGAGAUAUCAGUAUGGCAAUUACGACAGGUAUUACGGCUACAGGAAUCCACAUCACGACGUUGAUCCGAGAUUGAAUGUCUUUGCACAGAGGAAGGAGAUGUUCUUUGGAAGGGAUGUACUCGAUAUUGGAUGUAAUAUUGGACACAUUACAUUAUCCGUUGCCAGAGACUUUGCAGCGCACAGUGUUACGGGCAUUGACAUUGAUCGCAAGCUGAUUGGAAUAGCGAGGAGGAACAUUAAACAUUAUGUUAAUUGCGUGAGGUCACCUGCGAGCAAUGAGGAGGCCAAUGAGCACAGGGACUGCGACACCAGUUUCUUUCCUAUGUCAAUGCCGAUUAAUUAUGGGCCCAUUGAUGUACCUGGUUUCACCAAAAACAGAGAUCACAAGGGAUUCCCUUACAACGUCACUUUUGUGCAGGGUAAUUAUGUGUUGGAGGAUGAUGGACUAUUGACGUCAGAGCAACCACAGUUCGACGUCAUUCUUUGUCUGUCAAUAACUAAAUGGAUCCACUUAAAUUUUGGCGAUGCUGGGCUGAAGCAGGCGUUCAAGCGUAUGCAUGCACAGCUGAGACCCGGUGGAGUGCUAAUACUCGAGUCCCAAAGUUGGCCGAGUUAUGGGAAAAAGAAGACAUUAACUGAAAGAAUCUACAGAAAUUAUCACAGCAUUGAAUUCUUCCCCCAAAAAUUCACUCAAUACCUCCUUUCAGCUGAAGUUGGUUUCACAAAGUGCGAAGUUGUCUCGAUUCCCCCUCACCCGUCGAAGGGUUUUCAACGUCCAAUUCAGUUAUUCACAAAAGCAGGAACAAGCCCAGCACCAACGACAACAGUGAGAUUCAUCGGUAGACAGAUUGAAAGGAGAGACAUAGAGAGGCGUGCAUUUGAACGUGAUUUAUUCCCACGUGAAUUUCCAAGGUGUGGAAAUUUAUCGGAAUUGAGUCAGCGGAGUGUUGAGUCACUGAGUCAAUACGAUCAAUUCGAAAAUGUUUAUGCACCAAGUACAACCCCCUGUUAUGAUACACCGAGUCACAAUAAUGACAGUCAGCCAGCAUUUGAGCCUGAAAAAAUGUGCUACACUGAUGUUGGAACAAAGCUGAAUGAUCAGGACGAAUACAGAAAAAAAAUUAAUGAAUCAACGAAAAAUGAGGAUCUCGAGGAAGUAAAUAGGAGCCGUCAUUCCUCGCAGACAAUUGCACAAGAUACACUGGGGGAAAACGAGGGAAAUGAAAGUGAGAUGGAUACGAGUAAACAUGAAUUGACAACUGACAACACAUAAAAAAUUAUAGUGCACGAGGAGGGGAAAAUGAGGAUUCGUUAUUGAUGAUUAUUUUUAGUCAUACAGUUUUUCUUUUGUUUUGGAAAUUAAAAGGAGAAACAGCAGCCACUGGGGAACGUGCAGCUAGUCGAAAUUUAUUUUCCGCAUGUUCUGGAAAUAUGAGUUGAGGAAUUAUGGGGCUUUCAAGAAAUUCUGGGUUAGGGUUGGUGGAAAGAGUUGAUUAUAGUAUUGAUGACUAUUUAUUGGUGAGAAUGUCAUAUUCAACUCAUUCCUUUGUACUCCAAUACAGAAUUACAGUUUAGUAGACGUUUUUUUUUUUAAGUCGAGAGACGAUAAAUAGUUAUAGGAUGUCCGUAGAAAAAAUGGGAAGUAAUUUUGCGAUGCAGUAAUUAAAAUUUCUUGGAAAUUUUAGACGUGAAAUUUUGCGCAAUCCGUUCUCAUGGAUAUUUACAAAAUGAUGGCAGAAUAAUUUUAGAGCAAAUGUCAUCACAUCGAAUUUUUUCAAUUGAUGUGGCGGGUUUAGGCUGUCGCAAGGAAUUUUUUGAUGAAUACGAAAGUUGAAUGAAGAGAGAUACGAAGAGGCACAUGCCCAGUAUUCGAAAUAAUUCAGUGAUUGAAUGAAUUAACGUAUUUAUUGGAGAAAUGGGGAAUAAAAUAAAAUAAACCGGUAAAUCGGUUCCUCCCAAAACGGGCUGAGUUUUGUUUUCAUUCAAUUCUCGGACUUGUUCAAAAAUAUAUAUUCCAUGCAACUGAAUUUGAAACUUGUUUAGCUGAAGAAAAACAGAAAAUGCGACACAGUAAAAAAUAAAUCGUACAAUUUCUUUCAAAGUACUUACGUGGCUUCCGAAAUGCAUUACAAGAGUGCCUGGAAAAUGGUAAUAAAUAAAAACAUUUAAUAUUGUGAAAUGAGAGAAAUAAAUAAUAAACAGAAGAAAGGAAAAACACUAAGUUCUUUGUUGUGCCUACGACGUUCUUUAUUACGGCGAUAACCGAGCACAUCGCACGUCUAAAUGGGCUGCUCGACCCAAGACUGACCUUUGGCUUUACGUGAUUACAAAAUGCCGAAAAACUAAUUGAUAACAAGAAUAUUUAAAAAAAUGACAAAUGAAAAUAACACGAAAACAGAAAAAAUUGGGAGACAAUGAGGGCGUCCAAUUGGUUAGAUUAAAUAAAAUGUUAAUAGUGUAUGUAUGAUAAUAGUGAUAACGAGUGACAUUUAUUUAUUGCCAUUGGUGCGAGAUAAUUCCACUUUUUCAAGUGAAUAGUGAAGUAUUAGGUCGACUUCUCUGUUCCCUCAAUGCGUUUCAAUACGAAUGUGUCGUGGAUUUUUUGUGAAAAUCAUUUUAUGAGGAAUAAAAGGAAAAACCUAAGUAUAAGUUGAAAGAAAUUCUAGGUACAUAGGGUAACUGUAAAUUUCUGUAUUUUUAGAAGUUGCGAAUAUGUUGUUUCAUACUUGUUAUUUAUUUUUUAACGGAUCCUUGUAAUUUCAUUGAGAGCAGCACGAAGUGGUCGAGAUAUGGUAAAGAAGCUAAAAAGUAUUAUAUGCGAUAUGAUUUCAAACUUUCUGAGUGAAAUUCCUUCACUUUUGUUUGGAAAGGAUAAAUCAAUGAGAAAUGCAGAUCACAGAAAUUUCUGAGAGAAAUGGUAAAAAAUCCGUUGAAUUUGCACAGUUUAUCAUGUCCAUGCAUUGAUAAUUUCCCAUUGUUCCGCUUUCAAUUUUUUUUUCUAUGAAAAUCAGUAGCACAAUUCAACUCUGGGCGCAAGCACUUUAAUCGCCGCUUUGAAUCAACAAUAAAAAUAAAAGUAGAUUUAGUAGGAAGAAUACCAGAGAAUGCGUACUGUAUAAAAAGGUGGAGAAAAUUAGAGGAUAAUAAAGAAUGAAUUUAAAUCAA